AUGCAGAAAGCAGAGUACGGGUUCAGGAUAUGCUGCCAGAAGCUCAGUGAUCAGGAUGAACAACACCUCAAUGCACUGGAGAAACACGUUACCGUAGCUUGUCAGCGAGUUCGAAGUCUGCAGAAGAAUCCAACAUGGCCGCCUCCCCCACUGUCCCCUGCACUUUCCCAGAAUGCAUUGCAUUCCAGUGACGCCAUAGCGCAGGAGGACUAUUGGGAACUGGACCGCAAGAUCCUACAGCUGUGUGGUGAACUCUAUGACCUGGAUGCUGCCUCUCUUCAGCUCAAAGUCAUCAACUACUUGCAGAAAGAGACUCAGUCCCUCACUUGCUGUUUGCUGUUGGUGUCUGAGGACAAUCACCAGCUCUUCUGCCAGGUGGUUGGAGACAAAGUUCUUGAGGAAGAAAUCAGCUUUCCACUCAUGUGUGGACGUUUUGGUCAGGUAGUGGAGAAGAAGAAAUCCAUUACACUUCAGGACGUCAGCACGGAGGACUGUAGGCAUCUCAGUAGUCUGCUGGGCUUUGAGGCGCGCUCCAUGCUCUGUGUCCCCGUGCUCAGCAGGGCUACUGGUCACGUGGUGGCCCUCGGCUGUGUCUUCAACAAGCAAGGAGGACAGAGACACACUCCUGCAGAUGAGCAUGUGAUCCAGCACUGUUUCUGCUACACCUCUACGGUGCUCACCAGCACACUGGCCUUCCAGAAGGAGCAGAAACUCAAGCAGGAGUGUCAGGCCUUGCUUCAAGUGGCCAAAAACCUCUUCACACAUCUUGAUGACGUGUCAGUACUGCUGCAGGAAAUCAUUGUGGAAGCCAGGAAUUUAAGCAAUGCAGAGAUUUGUUCAGUGUUCUUGUUGGACCGGCACAGUCAUGAGCUGGUGGCUAAGGUGUUUGACGGGGGCGUGGUCAGUGACGAGGAGAAGGAGUUCCGUAUCCCCGCGGAUCAGGGUAUUGCGGGCCACGUCGCGACCACAGGGAAGAUCCUGAACAUCAAGGACGCGUACUCACACCCUCUGUUCUACCGGGGCGUGGACGACAGCACCGGCUUCAGAACCCGGAACAUCCUCUGCUUCCCCAUCAAGGAUGAGCAUGGAGUUGUGAUCGGCGUGGCCGAGCUGGUGAACAAGACCGAUGGGCCGUGGUUUAAUCGCUUCGAUGAGCAAUUGGCCACGGCCUUCUCUAUCUACUGCGGAAUCAGCAUCGCCCACUCUCUGCUCUAUAAGAAGGUCCACGAGGCGCAGGUCCGCAGCACGCUGGCCAAUGAGAUGAUGAUGUACCACAUGAACGUGACGGAGGAGGAGGUGGGGCGACUCCUGAGCACGGGGAUCCAGUCCAUCCACAACAUCGACCCCGCCUUCUCCCAGUUCACAUACACACCCCGCUCGCUCCCCGACGACACCACCCCCACGGGUAUUCUGAGUAUGUUUGAGGACAUGGGCUUCAUCAACACGUACAAGAUCGAUCUGAACUCACUGGCCAGAUUCUGCCUAAUGGUGAAGAAGGGAUACAGAGACCCUCCGUACCACAACUGGAUGCACGCCUUCUCUGUGUCUCACUUCUGUUACCUGCUCUACAAGAACCUACACCUCUCCAACUACCUCGAGGAUAUUGAGAUCUUUGCUCUCUUUGUCUCCUGUAUGUGUCAUGAUCUGGACCACAGAGGCACCAACAACUCCUUCCAGGUUGCUUCGCAAUCUGUUCUGGCCGCCCUGUACAGCUCAGAGGGUUCGGUAAUGGAGAGGCACCACUUUGCUCAGGCCAUCGCCAUACUCAACACUCAAGGUUGCAACAUCUUCGACAAGUUCUCCAGAAAGGACUACCAGCGGAUGCUAGACCUGAUGCGUGACAUCAUCCUCGCUACAGACCUAGCGCACCAUCUGCGCAUCUUUAAAGAUCUGGAAAAUAUGGCUGAGGUGGGGUAUGACCCUAAGGAUCAGACUCAUCGCAGUCUGCUGCUGUGUCUGCUCAUGACCUCCUGUGACCUCUCAGACCAGACCAAGGGCUGGAAGACCACCCGCAAGAUCGCUGAGCUUAUCUACAAAGAGUUCUUCUCUCAGGGCGAUCUGGAGAAGGCUAUGGGGAACAGGCCAAGUGAGAUGAUGGACAGAGAGAAAGCUUACAUCCCUGAACUACAGAUCAGCUUCAUGGAACACAUCGCCAUGCCCAUCUACAAACUGUUACAGAAGCUGCUUCCUGGAGGGUCGGAGCUUUAUGAGAGAGUGGCAGCCAACCAAGAUCAGUGGACCAAAGUCUCCCACAAGUUCACCAUCCGCGGGUUGCCUAGCAACAACUCCCUGGACUUCCUGGAUGAGGAGUAUGAUCUGAUGCAAUCCCAGGGUGCAUUUGGGGACGACCCCCCCUCUCUCAAUGGUUGCCUGGACGACGACCCCACGCGGCAUGACAAGUGUGAUGUCACCAGUGCUCAGGAGUCAUUGGGACCAUAACCCGGGUCUCGGGGCGUUGAGUGUGUGUGUGUGUGUGUGUGUGUGUGUG